AUGGAUUCUCUAACAAGCAGGAUCAUAGAUAUGCUCUAUGAGGUCUACUCUAUCGCAAUGAAACAUGGAGCCCCCGAGGCAACGAUUAACAAACACGACGAGAAGUUCGUCGGAGCGCUGAAAGCCUUUUUGUCUCAUCUACCAAAACAAACGCAAGAUCUUGUCGUCUUACAUGAGAGCGGCAACCCAGCAGCAGCCUCUGAAAGUCGUGAACCGGUGGUCGCAUCUGAGGACGACGAUCCAGCAGCGACCCCCGGAGAUAGUGAACCAGUGAUUGCAUCCGAGGACGAAAAUCCAGCAGCGGCCUCUGGGGGUAAUGAACCGGUGGUCGCAUCUGAGGACGAUAAUCCAGCAGCGGCCUCUGGGGAACAAGCGGCGACCUCUCAGCCCGCUGCGGAUACUGGUCGCAGUGACAACUCAGCUACACAAGAUUUACAAUUCAAUCGUCAAAAUGAAAAGGUGCAAGCUCUUUUCGACAGCUUAGCGGAUUGGACAAAAGACCCACUCUCCUUUUUCCACGGAAACACAUUGAACAUUGAGAAAGAUUUACUCAGUUCUAUUGACAAAUACAUUGGAGGAUUAUUGAAUAAAAAAAGCGAUUUUGACAGCGUACGGAUGCGAAUUCUCCAAGUAACUUACCAUCGGGUCAAAGACGAAGUCCUAGAGAAGAAAAGGCUUCGAGGCGAUGCUAAGGAAGAAAUGAUCAACACAUUGCAACAAGGCGGGCUAAACGCGAUAACUUCUAAUCACAAACCCUUGCAAUGGGUAGAUCGUGGAUCCCGACUUGUUGACAUUUGCAAGGAUAUGGGACACAAAACAAAAUCUGAUUAUUGUUAUACUGCGAAUCUAUUUCUUCUCGACGACAUAUCUGAUACCGAACUACAGAGAUUACCACUUAAUGGAAAUCGCCGUGACGAAUUUAUCGCUUCGAUUAAGAAUCGUGAUAAACUAUCAGAUGAAGACAAAGAGACAUUGGAGAAAUUCUCUGAGAAGGUAAUGGACACAAUUUGGACUCACUUCCAACAAUCCAUCAAACAAAAUGGUGUCUUCGUUAAUUCCCAAAUAAUGGCACAAGAUGGCUCGCCUGCACGAGCAGAUAUGAGUAAUCAGCUGUUGAAUCGACUGGAUGAUACGAAUUUGCUAGUUACAGAGGCAGAUACACCCGAAGUCGGCCACAACGCCACCCACGCCGAUGUUGAGGCACACAUGUUGAAUGUUGCUAACGAUGAUGAAGAGACUGGCACGACGGGCGUGACCAAUAGAAGGGCAGAUGGCUACGUCCAAACACCUACCCCCCCGUCUAGCGCUUGCUCGUCAACCUCUGAGUCACCUCCAAGCUCUGAUAUAGAGGGUCAAUUUGCAGAGCACCGAACUAGUACAUUGACAUCAGUGGCAAGCCUCUUUGGCAGUGACACAACCAAUGCAAAUGAUAGGGUAACCAGUGCACGCGAUAUCUAUCCAAACUCCCCAAUCGGAAAUCAGUAUGCACAGCAAAGCAUUAUUGGCCAGUCACCUUUGCCAUUCUAUCCAAAUACCCGAGGAGAAAACUCUGCUAGUUCGCCGUCAUGGAUUAUGCGGGCUCGAUCAUCCUCCACGAUGGUCAAUCGUGACACUGAGAAUCGAGACGGCUGCCCUUUUGCAGAAAGUCUUCCUAGGUCGAAUGAAUGGCCAGAUCUCGAUGCUGAUCCGCUACCCCUGGCUGAGCCCGGUCAAAUUAUCGCCUCGCAGAGUAUUCCCAACUCACUGCAAUACGGAUCAUCACCGUCCAGAUUUUGGGACCAGGCACAGUUAGACCAGCCGAUGGCAGAAGUUUUUGACCCAUUGGGAAGCAGUGCGCUAUUCAGCGUGUUUCCAAAUCCAACCCAAUUUGAGCCAUUGUCAAGCGACCGGGCAACGCAAAUGGACCAGCCGAUGACAGAAGGGUUUGACCCAUUGGAAAGCAGUGCGCUGUUCAGCGUGUUUCCAAAUCCAACCCAAUUUGAGCCAUUGUCAAGCGACCGGGCAACGCAAAUGGACCAGCCGAUGACAGAAGGGUUUGACCCAUUGGAAAGCAGUGCGCUGUUCAGCGUGUUUCCAAAUCCAACCCAAUUUGAGCCAUUGUCAAGCGACCGGGCAACGCAAAUGGACCAGCCGAUGACAGAAGGGUUUGACCCAUUGGAAAGCAGUGCGCUGUUCAGCGUGUUUCCAAAUCCAACCCAAUUUGAGCCAUUGUCAAGCGACCGGGCAACGCAAAUGGACCAGCCGAUGACAGAAGGGUUUGACCCAUUGGAAAGCAGUGCGCUGUUCAGCGUGUUUCCAAAUCCAAUCGAUGCGUUGUCCAAUGUAUCUUUCGAUGAUAUGGCAAGAUGCACGACAGAGUUCAACAUUUCGGGUCCGCUGGACGGCAACUCAAUUCAUUCAACCCAUUAG